UGUCCAAAGUAAAACCAAAGGACAGUUGCCAGAUGGAGGAGGAGGCGGACAAUAUUGUGGGUGAGAGAAUGCCCAAGAGAAAAGAAACCAAGGAGCCUGAAAGAGAUGUGUACACGUUCCCUGGAGACUCAGACCCUGAGAGUCCCCCUCCUGCCCCCUGGGCUCAUUGCACAUUCAUUCAGCGGUGCAGAAAGAAGAGGGUCCUGCUCAGGCCCUUCUCCGGACUUGGCACCUUGAAGCAUUCAUUGCCUGAGACUGGCAAGGUGGCUAAGGUGGAACUUCAGAAAUCCAAAACUGUAACACCGGCACAGCUGAGCCUAGGUGGAGGAGUCUAUGAUUUUGAGGAGGGUAACUUUGAAGAGGGAACAGUGGAUGAACCCUUAAAGUUCAGAGAUAGAGGAGGAAAAAGAGACAAAGAAGAAGAUGAAGAAAGCGGAGUAGAGCCAGGUAAAGAAAUUUUCACCUGUGUUGAAUGUAGCAUUUACUUCAAAAAGCAGGUCCAUCUACAGGAGCACAUGAUUGAGCACCGUCACAGUGGUGCAGGAUGUGGCAGGCGCACGGGAAAGGGUGGCCGUUUUCGGUGUGUUGAGUGUGGAUGGAACCUACCAAAUCGGCUUGCACUGGCAGACCACCACAAAAGGCACGAGGAGUCCCGUCUGAAGAUCCUGGAGGAGAUUGAGAAACUGAAUGAAAACGGGAAGGAAAAAGAGAUUCACAAAUUGUACAGUAAGGUGGUCAAGCUUACAAGCCCAGAAACCGCUAUUAUGCAAGAUGCAGGCCCGGUCUCGAUUCCAGGCCAAGGGUCAGACCCAGAAAUAGUUACAGCUCCACCUCUAUCCCCAGCCCCAAUUUCGACACCAGACAGAGACCAAGCAACUCUUGACUCAGAUACAACUCCUCCAAAUUCAGUCCGAAGCCCAGCUCAGCCCCGAAGUGUCUCUGCCUACCGCCGCCGCUUUGUCUGCUCCAAGUGUAACUUCAGCACAAGAACCUCCCAGGCACUGGCUAAUCACACCAAGACCCACAACAGGAAAAAAAACGCUCUCCGGGGUGACACCCCAUCUCCUGGUUCACCAUCAUGUUUGGCGUCCACCUCCCUGGCCUGUGGUCAUUGUGCCUUCUUGACAUCCAGUCAAACUCUAUUGAGGGAACACCAGAAACUCGUUCACCCGGAACAGGUCUCCAUCAGUGGAGCACAGGCUGAUGAGACUGGCCAGCAUUCAAGGUCUAAUGUGGGUGCUCGAAUUUCAAACCCCAUCCCAGAUUCCGACCACCUCUCAGGGUCUGGAUCCCUGCCCAAUGCCACUCAAGGCAAAAGCCAGCAAGGAGUCACUGCCUCUGAGGACAGCACAACACAGGACAGCGCUGCAGCUCGGCCCACAAGCCGGGCAGUCUUUAAGUGUGUCGGGAAUAGGCGAUUCAGCAGGAGAGGGAAGACUUGGACUGAUCUAGCCAAGUAUCAGUCAAGACUGGAUGACGACAAGCUGGCUGGCAGUGAAGACGAGCAAGAUGAAGAUCAGUGCACAGAGCUUGACAAUGACCUGUCCCAACAAGAUGCUAACUCACCUUUGGGAGAAAAACAGCACACCAGAGCACAUACAGAAGACCGUUCAGCACAGCAAAGUGCUACAUUAUCGCUCUCCCCUAAGAAAAGCGUGAAGGACGAAGACGAGGAGGUGGAGAAAGACAGGAAGGUUUUCUUUUUGAGGAGGAGCAACCGGAUUACUGCUGCACCUGCAGAAAUUGACAGUGACGACGAUGACGAUGACAUUGACGAGGAGCACUUGCGACGUUUCCUGUCAGAGGGCAUCUUGGAUGAAGACAGAGACGAGAUUGAUGAGGAUGAGGAGACGCUGAAGAGUGUGGAGAGGAAAUGCCCCUACUGCCCCGAUCGAUUUCAUAACGGCAUCGGGCUUGCCAAUCAUGUGAGAGGCCACCUGAACCGAGUGGGCGUCAGCUACAAUGUGCGUCACUUUAUUUCCCCUGAGGAAGUCAAUGCCAUUGAGAAGAAGUUCUCCUAUCAGAAGAAAAAAAAAAAAGUUGCCAACUUUGACCCGGACACAUUCAGUGUGAUGCACUGUGAGUUCUGUAGCGCCGGCUUCGACACCCGGGCCGGCCUGUCCAGCCAUGCCCGUGCCCACCUCCGCGACUUCGGCAUCACUAACUGGGACGUUACCAUCUCGCCCAUCCACAUCCUGAGGGAGCUGUUCUCCAGCAGGCCAGACCUGGUAAUCCCCACAGCUCCCCCGCGGAGCCCUGGCUCCAUACAAGAGGAAGAGGAGGGUGAAAUGGAGGAGGACGAGGAGGGAAUCAUUGAGGUAAAACUGGAGGGGGAGACAAAUGAAAGGACUCUGAGUUCUGCCGUUUCUGACGCACUGCCUUCAACAUCUCCUCAAUCUUGGAAGAACAAGGAUAGUAUAAAAGAUAGUGAAGACCUCGGUAAUGCUACCAGGAGAGCUGAAGGAUGCUAUUUACAAAUGCAUGAGGCUGUGGGAAAUCUCAGCGGUGCAUAUGGGGGCAAAAUGGCUGCUUCCACCUCCCCGCAGACCCAAACAAUAGCGGAAAAGCUGUCUGGCUUCAGCUGCCGGGAGUCCGAUGCACUGCGGUUGUGGACCGCUGAAGAAGAGGAUGAGGAUGAGCUGCAGCUUCCAGCUCUGGAUGCUCUGAGCCCGAGCCCAGGGAAGACAGGGCUUUGCAGCGUGGACCAAGACAGCCUCUCUCCCGGGGAGGAUGCAGACACCAAGGUGCACAACUUGAAGUGUGAGGUGUGUGGAGCUCAGUUCGAGACCAGACGGGGAAUGUCCAGCCACGCCCGCUCUCACUUGCGCCAGCUGGGUAUCAGCGUUUCAGAGAGCAGCGGGGCGCCCAUCGACCUCCUCUACCAAAUUGCCAAGGAGCGUAAUCUUGACAGCCAAAUAAGCUCAUCUCUUCUGGAUCCCCUUUCGGCCAAGAACUCCUCUGCUUCUGCUCCUCGGAAAGAUGAAGACUUAGAAGACAUGGACUUCGACGAGAAGCCGAUACCCCUCUCCAUCCUGGCCAAAGCGGCGAAAGCGGUGCCGCCCGCUUCCUCCUCCACGCCUACACCUUCUCCUGGUGCCUCUCCAGCUCCGGCUCAUUCUAGCUCCCCUUCCUCGGUAGUGAGGAAAGCCCCCAUUUCCUCUCUACUGCCUGUGUCUUCCCCCUUGCGCUCCCCGGAGCACAAGGCCGGGGGAAUGAAAAGUUUGACCUCUAACCUCUCUCCCUCUGCCGGCCUCACGACAUCCAAACCCAUCUGGGCACCGCAGGAAAAUGACGCACCUCUCAACCUCACACUCGAGGUGGACCCCAACAAAGACAUUGUUUGUCAGCUGUGCGGCGCUUGGUUUGAGACACGGAAAGGCUUAUCCAGCCACGCACGAGCCCACCUUCGGCACUUUGGGGUGGAGUACUCUGAAUCCAAGGGCUCUCCCAUCGACCUCUUGAACCAGCUCAUUGAUACUGACGACUUCAAGCACAAAGCCAGUGCACUGCAGCUCAACAACCACAGAGAACCGCGGGGCCUCACGACCACAACGCUCUCCUCCCCGAAGCAGACCCUGCUGAGCCUCUCCUCUUCUUCCUCCUCAUCCCUCCUCUAUAAGGUGACCACGGCCGGGGGUGGGUCGACAUCCAAAGCUACCUCUUCCUCUGCCUCAUCUCUACUUGGCCUGCCCGCCAAGCGACACAAGUCCUCUUCCAUGCAGGUCUUCCGCCUAAGUAGUGGGGAGCUCAUGGCCCUUCCACACAGUGAACCUCCGAAGGAAAUAGGCUGUGAGUUCUGCGGGGAAUACUUCGAGAACCGUAAAGGCCUCUCCAGCCACGCCCGCUCUCACCUGCGUCAGAUGGGCAUUACUGAGUGGUCUGUCAACGGCUCCCCGAUCGACACGCUACGGGAAAUCAUCAGCAGACGCGGCCUGCCUUGCGCCCUUCCUCUAAAACCUCGCAAAACUCCACCUCCGUCCUCUCCGGGACCCCCUCGUUCCCCUCUGUCGACCUCCUCCUCUCCCUCAGCUACCCUCCUGAGUCGGGUACCUUUCGCCUUCGCCCGUCCCUCCAGUCCUCCUCAUCCCGCGGUUUCUAAGUCGAGCUCGGUUCCACCGACGUCGUCUAGCGGGCUCAUCCUCAAGCUGAAGCCUGAGCCGGUGCAGCUGGAGGUCACCGCGCCCGGAACUGCGGGGAGAUCUGGCGGCUUCUCGGCUGAACCUCUCAACUGUAGCUGGAGCAGCUCUGACAGUGUAUUCCCCCUCAACUUGGCCAUGGCUCAUGAAGUGGAGCCUACAAGGGAUAUUCGCUGUGAGUUCUGCGGGGAAUACUUUGAGAACCGUAAAGGCCUCUCCAGCCACGCCCGUUCCCACCUCCGCCAGAUGGGCAUUACAGAGUGGACUGUCAACGGCUCGCCCAUUGACACCCUGAGAGAGGUUAUGCACAAGAGAGGGGUCGGCGCCUCCUCUCAUUCGGACCAGGGAGUCAAGAAGGAGUCGAGCCAGGGAGCGCACAGUCCCCUUUGGGAGAGCAUGGGGAGCGCCAGCGGUUCAGAGGGUUUGGGUGUUUCAGGCUACCACACCUCCAAAUACCGUAAAUCUCCUCUCAGUUUGCUGCAGUCAGGGUCGAGGCUCCAUAAACAGGGCCUGGGAUCCCUGGGUUCCUCUGGUACACCACCUGCAGGGAAGUUUUUCAGGAUGUCCCCACUUGGGAAACGGUCUCUGUCAGAGGACGCCCAAUCAGUGGAGACGGCCCACUCACCGAUAAAUCAGCUUAAGACUUUUUCACCUCUGCCACACGAGUUCUCCUACAAAAGGAAAUCCUCCCCAGACAAGCCAGGACACCAGGAUCCCAGCUGUGAGCUUUGUGGGUUCUACUUUGAGAACCGUAAGGCUUUAGCAAGCCACGCGCGAGCUCACCUAAGGCAGUUUGGCGUGACUGAGUGGUGUGUAAAUGGGUCCCCUAUUGAGACGCUCAGUGCUUGGAUGCGCAGCAGGCCGCAGAAGGUGUUGGAGAUGCACCGCAGCUACAUGCAGGGUAACCGCUCCACCCUCAAGAAGAAGGCCUCCUCUUCCUCCUCCUCCACCUCCUCCCAGUGGUCUUCUUCGUUGGCUGUAAGCCUGGUACGGCCGCUGAGCCGCGAGGUCAGCCAUGGCUCUUCCAAGACCGCAGAGGGUGAAGUUGGUACCAACCUACUGGCCGUUCCCUUCAGACCCGGCCGCAGCAAUGCCAGCCCCUCGCGCCUCAUCAGUGGCCUCCCACUUCAAGCACAGGUGGCACGCAGUGAGCUUAACGUCCGCCUGCCCAGAGGUUUUGAGCGUCGGCCCUUGAAGCACCCGUCUUUCCCAGAUGGAACGGAGCGGGACAGCGGCCCUCCUAAACCUCCCCGCACAGGCACCGUCCCCGCCCUGGUGCCCAAACCACCUUCCUACCCACUGGUCAAACUGGUGGGCAAGUUCUACACCCUGAAGUGCCGGUUCUGCGAGGUGGAGUUCCACGGUCCGCUGUCGGUGCAGGAGGACUGGAUCAGACACCUCCAGCAACACAUCCUCAAGAUGAACUACAACAAGCCUGCUGCACCUAAAGCAGCCUCCGCUGAACCCUCUGCCCUGGCUGAUGACCCAGCCCCGGUCCAGGCCUCUGCCCCAGCCUCCACCUCUACCUCCAGCACCACCUCUACAACACCUGCCCUCACCUCCACCUCGACCCACACCACCUCCACGGCUCCCAACAGCCACUCCCCUACGCCGCCGGCAGAGUGCGCUCCAACUGUCACUGCCACAGAGAUAGUAAAGGUCUCAGAAGAGCAGCCCGCCCUAACUCCGACACCCAUUCCCCUCACCACUCAAACGGCGUAAGCUCUAAUUCGUCGCCCGCUGUCAUUUUACCCCCUUUUGGGUUUUUUUUCCUGCCUUUUACAAUUUCUUUCUUCCAUCCGUUUCUUUCCUUUGGCCUUCACAAAGUGUUGUUGAGGAGGUUUUUUGCCCCCUCCAAAGAGUCCUCUGAGCCCCAAGCACCUUUUGAAGCAGCUUUCUAGACUGUUACUAAGUCCCGUUACCAUGGGAACGAAGCUCUCCUGGCUUAUCCCUACGUCGGGGAUGGGUGAUUGUGGGCACUGUCCAAGGUUAUGAGGAGAGAUGAACUUACGUUUUGUGUUUGCCUUGUUUCAUAUGAAUGUCCAGGUGUUGACGUGGACCGAUACUGUACCCCUCCACCCAUUCACUGGGUGAUUUAGGGGUUAAUGUAGCCCUUAUCAAACUUUAACCCCCCCCCCGUCCGCUACAUUUUUGCCCAACACCUUUCCCCUUAUGAACACUGCGUUACUAAGACCUGCUAGACUCUGACCAUUUCUACCAGCGGCGCAUCAGUGAGAGCACGCUGGUAGCAUUGGCCUUAGCCUCGCACCUAAAGGUCCUGACUGAGAUUAACUGACAUUUCUAAUUAUGCUAGUCUCGUGGUUGAGACUUUAAACAUGUGGUAACACUUAGUGUUAAAAAUGGCACUUUUAAUACUGACAUUGUCACU